AUGUGGAAUUCAAGGCUAUAAGGGUAACAAAUCCAGGUCCAAAAGGAGAAGAAUAUGCUUGGUAUCAGUGUACGGUUAAUGGUGGACGAGAAGGUCGACCAAUUGGAGCUUAUGAGCUUGCAAAAGCAGUUGAAGAGCUAGGAGCAGGAGAAAUACUACUUAACUGCAUUGACUGUGAUGGCCAAGGCAAGGGAUAUGAUCUAGAUUUGAUAAAGUUGAUCUCAGACGCUGUCAGCAUCCCUGUUAUUGCAAGUAGUGGCGCUGGUGCUGUUGAGCACUUCUCGGAGGUGUUCAGGAAAACAAAUGCAUCAGCAUCCCUUGCUGCUGGCAUCUUCCAUAGGAAGGAGGUGCCAAUUCAAUCCGUAAAAGAGCACUUGUUGAAAGAAGGCAUAGAGGUUAGACUCUAACCUUAUGAUUGACACGGAGACUUUUGGGAUAUUGUCUACAGUGGCACAAAAAACUAUGAAAACAUAUGCUCAAGAUCAGGUCUAGUAAGAAUUUCCUAAGUUUGAAUUUGACAUUUGUUGUAUACUAUAUUUGCAUCUUUUGCAUUCAGGAUUGAUCUCAAUACUCUCUUUUUUCUUUUUUUUUUUCAAAAUUAAUUAUUUGUUUUGAUGGAGACUUCAGAUUCUGUAUUCAAUAGUGGUUUUAACACCUUGCAUUGGAGAAUUAUAGUUAAUAAUAAACUUCAAUUCUAUGC